AUGGAUCACUAUAACACCCGCAAAUUUGUGUGUGAGAUCACUGGAAAUUCCAAUUUCACCUACUUUGAGGCUUUGCAAUACGAGAAAGCCGAGAUGCUGGAGGUUGAGAAGCGCUUUCCAGAGCCGGUAAGAGAGCCCAUUUUACGCUAUGUACAAUUCUCAACGACUCCACGGAUUGACCAGCUGGUUGAUGAAGUUUACAACCAAUUCAAGCGGGACUUUUUUCCCGGCGAUUUUGUUAUCGUGAAACUUUUGGGUGUUAUUGGAUCCGAGAAGGCCCGGGGCUACGUCCGCGAGAAGGCGCGAUUCAAUGCAAUUACUCUUCCGGAUGGCGAAGUCCGCAAGGGUUACUGCUCUUACCGUGUCACUCUGCUCGAUGAAAAUGAAAUUACUGUUAACGAGAACCAGCUUUCCAGAGAGAGAAAUAGUUUCACCAAAUGGCAUGUCAAGACGUUUCUCAAGCUUACGCUUACCCGUGGGAACCGUGUAGGUGCGCCAUGGAUUGUUCGUGAUAAGUAUGCAGAGCAGUAUAGGAUUCCAACGGAAUAUCCUGAAAAUCUUCUGGAGUAUUCUGUGCCUGACCAGGCUGUUGUCAGAGGCAAGAAAAGAACUCCUGCUGUUCCUAAGAGGCUCAAGAUCAAGCGCGAGGAUGUGAUAAACAUUCCAGACAUCUUUAGUCAAAUGAAGGAGACUCCUCCGCUAAAUACUUCAGAGGACAGAGCCGUUUUACAGUCUUGGAAGGAUAGUUGGUAUGAUAUUCUCAAGAGGUGUCACGUCUAUUUUGAUUUCGACAACGACGACACUUCUGAUCUGUCAGUGAGAAACAAGGUCUAUCAGCUGUUUGCUUACGCUGGUGUCACAGCCUUGCCGCAAUUCGACCCUGAACGCACCAACUUCAUCAUUUCACUGAGACCUUACAAUUCGAAGGAACUCUACGCAAAUGAUGAUAUCUACAGACAUGUUCACACGCGGAACAUCAAAGUGUGGCACUACGAGAAGGUUUUCCGUUUCUUCAAGAGCUUAAGCAUUACAAUGCGUAAGAUUUCACAGAUGGAGAGAGCCAAGACAGAAGACCUCAAAUCCAAGUCCAAGUUUGUGGACAUACUGCCCGCACCACAGCUUGGGCAGGAUUCUCCUAGACCUGGAACUAACGGCUAUGGCGACCAUUCGCAUGCUGUUGUUCGCAAAGGUGCUGUUGAUGACCUUGCUCUAACUUUCCAGGUCACCAACUGGAAACCAGCAUACCACAGGUUUGAAAACUCAAAAUACGUGUCUGAGUUGCUCGAGACUUGGUGUUUUCUGAACAUCUAUGGUACACCAUUGGUGAUUGACUCAUUCACAUUCGACGACUUUGUCGCCGCUUUGAGCUGGGAUGAUUCCACCACCAGGUGCGACCUUCUAGAGGAGAUCUUCUGUUCCACCCUAAAGGCUAUUUUGGAUGAGAAAUAUAAACCAGGCUCUGGUAGGGAUGAUGGUUUAUUGGUCACUUUGCCACGUGCUCUCCAUGAUGAUGAGGAUGACGAAGAGGUAGAAGAAGAGAAGGAAGCCAAAGCUGAUGCAGACGCCGAGGUCAAAGCUUCUGCUGAUCCUGACGAAGAAAAGACCGAAGGGUCAAAUGGCAAACCCCCGGUCGAGGCUGAGCCCGAAGAGUCUGACCCUGAAGAUUCUGAAGAAGAGGAGGAAAUCAACCACAAUGCCUACGCUGUUCUGGAAUACAAAAAUUUGACAUGGCAAGAAAGGCUCAAGAGACGCUCAUUCAAGGAUGGUGGCUGGCAAGUUAUUCUCAUUGGUGUCCUAUCACUGGUGGACUUUGUCCCUCAGUUCAAGGACACUAUCAACGAUAUCCUUGAGAAUAUUGCACCUGUUGACGAAAUAACCACUCCCAUGACUGUUCAGGUCAACUUCUAUGAGAGAUUAGGACUCGAUCUCAAGGUCAAAGCGCUCAGUAUUGUGUGCUCGCUUUUGGUGAAUGGCUCGGUCAUUAGAAACCACAUAGACAAGUGUCUGGAAGAGGCCACUCAGUUAAGACGUAUCAGACUUGAACAUAUCAGAGACUAUAAAGCCAACCUCGAAGAAGCCAGAUCCGUUCAGAUUCUCAUCACUGAGGCACUUGGAGUACCUGUUGCGAGUUCAGAUAUAAACAGUCCGAACUCCACACCGGCUCCGCAGGCUGCAGAUGAACAAACUUCCAAAAAAAGACGCCGGGGUAGGUUUGCCAAUCUUCCGCCAGUUGAGCCAACCGAUGAAGAGGUGGCAUUUGGAAGUGCAAAUCCCGAAUUUCUGGGUCUUCUCAAGCAACGAGGUGAGCUCAUGAAGAAGGUAGAGGAGAGCAAGGCUUUGAGGAAACAGUACGAGCGGAGAUUGAAUGAGAUCGAUGUUCAAAGAGUUCGCUACGUUGGUAGAGAUCGUGAGUACAACAGAUAUUGGUGGUUCGAGAGCAAUGGGCUUCCAACGCUCAAGUCUGUUCGUAACAAGGACGACGACGAAGAUGAGGAAGAGGAAGAGGAUGACGAUGUGGACAAUCCCGUGGAGGACGAAAGUUUCCUGAUGGGCCGUCUUUGGAUACAAGGACCAAGCGAUGAAGACCGCAAGAGCUUCUUAAAGUUUCCAGACGAAGAGUUGCAAGAAUGGAGAGAUAUAGUUGAGAGUACUAUGGACACUGAUGAAGUUCAAAAGCGCUCAGAGAGCAAGGCAGAAUCGAAUAAUGGAGCAGAAACAACCCAAGUUCAAACCUCUGACCAGCUUGAUAACUACACAAAAGUUCCAGCUGGUUUUGCGCGCGCUGCAAAAGAGAAAUUUGGACUGGUGUUUGAGAAUGGUAUCGUCAAGGAUGUGAACGAUUUCACUAUUGUGGAUCAAUACGGUGCAACCACCAGCAAGGAGUACCACCCAAUGGAACGCAAGAUUCUUGAGGAAGGACCAGAAUGCUUGCUUAAUUCAGAAGAUUGGAGAUACAUAGACUCUGCUGACGAUAUCAACAGUCUUCUCAAAUGGCUGAAUCCAGCAGGGAAGAGGGAGUUACAGCUUCGCAAGGAACUUCUUCUCCUUCAAGACAACAUCAAGUCCAGCAUGGUUGCACGCAAAAAGGCACUGGGGCUCGGACAGAAGAGCGACCAAGAAGAAGAGCUCGAGCGCAUUCUAAAAGAGACGGUGAUUUCGGAUACCGAGGAGUCGGAAGAAGAGGAUCUUGGGUCUGAGACUCCAGAUGCUGAAAGCGAGCCAGAAACUCCUUCAGCCAAGCCACGCACUCGUCGUUCAAUUGCUGCCUUGGAGAUAGAGGAGCAGAAGGAAAAGGCUGUUAAGGAAAAGGCUGCAAAGAAAGCACUCGGUCCGAGUGCAAGAAUCGCAAAUAGAGAGGCAAAGAGAAGAAAGAUUAAGGAGCACAGUGACAAGAGAAGAACUCUUGAGAAUGCUGCAAAAGAACUUGAUGCCAUUCGUUCUGAUAAGAGCAGAAACAGCGUUCUUCAAUGGGUCAACUCCAUUGCCCUUGAAACCCUAGGACACUUGCAUUCGGAGCCUCCGGUGAAACGGGGCAGACCUCCCACUAAGAAAGGCAGAAAGUAG